CCCCGUCCUUCCCCACUGCUGCCGGUCGCUGAGCGACCGCGUCUGGGAACAGCAGAAGGGGACAGGAGAGGUUGCAGCGCCUCUCGCAGCCAUGUGGCUCCCGAGGAACCCUGCUGCCCAGGCUGUCCCUGAGCCCUACGACAGCUUCAUGCACGGCCACCUGUGCUACUACGGCUACUUCCAAGGCCAGAAGACAGACAGCCAGCAGAGCUCCAUGUCCCCACGGGGACGCUCCGAAUGCCACUGCGCUGACUCUGGCACCCAGCAGGGCCUGGGGAAGGACCCAAGCUCCCGUGCUGCCUGUUCUCUGCUGGAACUGUGCCAUGGGCGUGGGAGCUCCCCAGCCCGUUCUGCAGCCCUCAGGGUCCCACAGAUGGUCCCCUUGCGGAGCUGUGGGUCGCCCGGGGAGCCACGGGCUCUCUUUGCCCUUCCCUCGGCGCGAGGACCCCUUCCUGCCCCCCGGUGGCCCAUUGAGUGCGAGGUCAUCAAGGAGACCAUCAAGCACAUCGAGUGGGUCCCCCCUGAACCAGAGCCCUUCUGCCAGCCCACGGACCACCAGUGGUUGCCAACGGGUGAGGAGCAGGGCACCGUUGUCUACCAGCUCAGCCCAGGUAAUGCCCAUGGGUGCUGCUCACCCGCUCCUCAUCCCCGUGCCGUCCCCUGGGGUCCUGAGCCCAGCUGUCCCCAGUGCCCUCAGGCUCCUGCUUCACCCGCGCUCGGGCUGGGGGGGCCCCGGGUCCCCUUUCCUCACCGGCAGCCACCCUGGAGGGCUCCCAGGACAACACGCUGCUGUUUGAGUCACGCUUUGAGAGCGGCAACCUCCAGAAAGCGGUCAAGGUCCCUUCUGCCCACCAGGGGCCCCUAUGAGUACGUGCUGACGCUGCGGCCAGACCUGUACACCACCAAGCACACCCAGUGGUUCUACUUCCGCGUGCAAAACACCCGGAAAGACACCGUCUACUGCUUCACCAUUGCCAACCUGGCGAAGCCCAAGAGCCUCUAUGGCAAGGGCAUGUGCCCGCUGCUCUACUCACAGCAGGACGCCCGGAGCCGCGGCAUCGGCUGGCGCCGUGUCGGCACCAACAUCCGCUAUUACCGAGGGAACGGCGGGGAGGAGCCGGCUGCCUUUUGCCUCUCCUGGAGCACCCGCUUUCCCCAUGACAGGGACACGUGUUACUUCGCCCACUCCUACCCCUACACCUACUCGGACCUGCAGCGGUACCUGCGGGCGGUGGUGGGUGACCCAGCGCGCUCACGGUACUGCGUGGUGCGGGCGCUGUGCCGCAGCCUGGCUGGUAACAUCGUCUACGUGCUCACCAUCACCGGGCCGUCCGGCGGCGCGGCCAAGCGGGCGGUGGUGCUGAGCGCCCGCGUGCACCCCGGGGAAAGCGGUGGCUCCUGGGCCAUGCAGGGUUUCCUCGAUUUCAUCCUCAGCGCCGCUCCUGACGCUCAGCUCCUGCGCCAGCUCUUUGUCUUCAAGGUGGUGCCCAUGCUCAACCCCGAUGGGGUGGUGGUGGGCAACUCCCGCUGCUCUCUGGCUGGCCGUGACCCCAACCGUGCCUACAGGACAGGAUCCCAGGGCUCCUUCCCGGCCGUCUGGCACCUGCGGGCCAUGGUGGAGAGGCUCUUGGCAGAGCGGGAGGUGGUGCUGUACUGCGACUUCCACGGGCACAGCCGUAAGAACAACGUCUUCAUGUACGGCUGCGACGGCGGUCGGGAUGGCUCCGGGACUCGGUUGAGGGAGCGCGUCUUCCCCCUGAUGCUAAGCAAAAACGCACCUGACAAGUUCUCCUUCUCCAGCUGCAAGUUCAAGGUGCAGAAGAGCAAGGAGGGGACGGGCAGGGUCGUCAUGUGGCGGAUGGGCGUUGCCAACAGCUACACCAUAGAGGUGGCCUUUGGUGGCUCCACGCUGGGUGGGAGGAACUCACACUUCACCGUGGAGGACCUCAAAUCGUUGGGCUACCACCUCUGCGACACGCUGCUAGACUUCUGCGACCCCAAUCCGGCCAAGUUCCAGCAGUGCCUGGUGGAGGUGGAUGCAUUGCUGCGGCAGCGGCUGGGCUCCGGUCAGAGCUGGAGCGACGUCCCCACCUCGGAGCUGGAGUCCAGCACCAGUGGCUCCGACAGCUCCGUGUCUGAUGGGUCCCUGGAGAGGGGGGAGAGCCCCUGGGGACAGAAGGGACAAGGUGCCAGGGUGGCACCUGGCCAGCUGCCGCUGAGGAGGAGGAAACGGUUACGGAGCUGCAGAGUGAGGAAUGCCAUGCGUAGGCCCAAUGCCACCCAAAGGAGCCACGGUGGUGUCCCGGUGAGCGUGGCUCAGCCACCCUCUGCCUGCCACAGUGGGCCUCGGAGUGCCUCCAGCCCCACUUUUGUGCCCCAGCAGCCACAGCUGUGGUCCCCCGUUCCCCCAUCCGUCCCUGUCUCCACACGAAGAGGACGUGGGGCGGUGGAGAAGUUGCACGUAGCUGUCCCCGGUGCACAUGCAGCCGUAUGCCACCACGGCUCUGCUGCCGGAGCCCCACGGACGGAGGGGUACAUGGUGACUGCAGGGCACCGCUGGGCACCACGGAGAGCCAUAGCUGCCACCGCCGCCAUCUCCACCAUCACCACCGUCACUGGCACUGCGUCCUCACGGGAAGGCAGAACGAGGCCUUCCUCACGGGGCACCACCAGAGCGGGGCUGUCCCUGCGCGUGGCCACAGCCGCCGGCUGCGGGAGGCGGCCCGGCCUCACAGCGCUGCGCUGCUCCGCCUGCUCUCGGCAUUAAAGGCAGUGGUGUCGUGGCUGUGA